CGUCCAAAAUCUCAGAUCACGCGGUCGGAAAAUUCCAUAAACUUUAUGAACGGACUAUAGACUUUUUUAUAAUAAUUGCGGGUUGAAUAAUGUGUUCAAGUGCUUCUCAAGCUAGCGAUAAUGAUCCCGUUCGAUUAUCAUGACUAGUUUGUCUACUCAAGAACUUGGUCGAAGAUGAAUAAGCUAGUAGGUUCUAUUUGUUUAUUUGUGAUUUUGGCUGUUAGUCUCAAUGAAGUAAUAGCAAAACCCCAACACCCUGUCGGAAUUAUAAAUGGAACUACCGCAGAAGAUGGAGAAUUCCCAUACAUUGUUCAAUUACAUGAUGAUUUCAAUUAUUUCUAUUGUGGUGGAUCAAUUAUAGGCGACAGAUGGAUUUUGACGGCUGGUCAUUGUGUUUGGGAUAGUCAAUUCGAUCAUGGCGGAAGUAUUCUCUUGGGAACCAAUGUCUUGGGUGGAGGAAAUGGCACCAAAAUUGAAAUCAUAAAUAAAUAUUGGCAUCCACAAUUCAACUAUAACCGGACUACUGCAGGAGAUAUCCCAUAUUUUGAUGUUGGUAUUAUGGAGCUUGAAAAACCUAUUACAUUCGAUUCCAAAGCCCAACCAAUCAAAUUGGUUGAUUCUGAUGAUCAGAUACCAUUCCACAAAAUUGGGAAUCUAUGUGGAUGGGGUACAAACGACACCUAUGGAGAAGAUAUGCCACUUUUACAAAAAGUCAGUUUGCCACUUUUGACCGAUAGUGAAUGCAGGAAAGGAAUUGCCGACUUCGGUCGUGGGGAUGUCUUCAAUAGUUUCCAUAAUUUGUGUACUGAUCAACACUACAACGGAGCAUGCUACGGUGAUUCUGGAAGUCCUUUUGUCAUUGAUGGAAUCCAAUAUGGUAUUGCUUCUUGGGGUUUGCCACCUUGCGGCGCCGCUCCAGGAACCUUGACUCGUAUUUCUACACCUUCCUAUCGUGAAUUUAUCAGAAAUGUGACUGGCAUUUAAAAUUAAAUUAAUGAAAUAAAUGUAGAUAAACCAAUAAUAAAUGUAUAUAUCUUUUUGUUUCCUUAUAUUAUAA